UCACCAAGAAGAGAAGAAUGCUUGAGCUCCACAAAAACAAAUCCUUCCAUUUUAAUCUCAAAAUAUGGCUGCAACUGCUUACCAAUCACAAAAAUUUACCAGAAAUAACUGUCGCUUUAUUAAAUCAUUGUAGUAACCCAGAUUUUUAUCAUCUGAAAGGGAGAAAAUGUAUGAAUUUUGAUGCAAAUUAAAGUUUAUUACUCAGAUAAUUUCUUACUCAGAUGUUUCCCACUGCAAAGUGAAAGUAUUUUCUUGCAAUUGUAGCAAAAUAAAUGGCGGCAAUUGCAGCAAGCAGGGUUGGAUUAGGACAAAUCAGCCCCACUUUCAAAACCCUCAACCCUAAAAAUUCCCACUAUCAAUUUCUAGGCAAACCUCUUUUCUUCAAACCCCAAGUUGGUUCAUUACCUACCUUGAAAUCCAGGAGAAAAUGUCUUGUUUAUGCAGCCGGGAUCGAGUUAUUCGACCCGAUUCGAGACCUUUUUCUGGGUGUGGGUGUUGGCCUUCCUUGUACAGUUAUGGAGUGUGGAGAUAUUAUAUAUAGGAGCACUCUACCUAGGUCUGAUGGGCUGACACUCACUGUUCCUGGAGUGGUGUUGGCUCUUGGGACAGUUUCCUAUCUUUGGGCUACCCCUGGUGUGGCUCCUGGAUUCUGGGAUAUGUUUGUGCUUGCUUUUGUUGAGAGAAUUUUCAGACCAACCUUUAAAAAGGAUGACUUUGUGUUGGGAAAGAAAUUGGGAGAAGGAGCUUUUGGAGUUGUUUAUAAAGUUUCUUUAGCCAACACCAAGAGGUCCUCUAUGAAGGAAGGUGAUUUGGUCUUGAAAAAGGCUACUGAGUAUGGGGCUGUAGAAAUUUGGAUGAAUGAACGCGUGCGGAGGGCUUGUGCUAGUAGCUGUGCUGAUUUUUUGUACGGUUUCAUGGAGAGUUCUUCUAAGAAGGCUGAUGAAUAUUGGAUUAUAUGGCGUUUUGAGGGUGAAUCAACACUAGCGGAUUUGAUCACGAGCAGGGAUUUCCCCUACAAUGUUGAAACACUGAUCCUCGGAAAACUGCAAAAAUUACCUAAGGGAUUAGAACGGGAGAAUAGAAUCAUACAAACAAUAAUGAGGCAACUUUUGUUUGCAUUGGAUGGUCUUCACUCAACUGGAAUUGUUCACAGAGACAUUAAGCCUCAGAACGUAAUUUUCUCUGAAGGUACUCGCACAUUCAAAAUUAUUGAUCUUGGGGCAGCUGCAGAUCUACGAGUAGGAAUCAACUAUAUCCCUAAGGAGUUUCUUUUGGACCCAAGAUAUGCUGCACCAGAGCAAUAUAUCAUGAGCACUCAAACUCCAUCGGCACCAUCACCUCCUGUGGCUGCUGCACUUUCUCCCGUCUUAUGGCAGCUAAAUUCACCAGAUAGAUUUGACAUAUACAGUGCUGGUCUCAUAUUCCUACAAAUGGCCUUCCCUUCAUUUCGUUCUGACAGCAACCUUAUCCAGUUCAAUCGUCAGCUUAAGAGGUGUGGGUAUGAUCUGAAUGCAUGGAGAAGUUCAGUGGAGCCACGAGCGACGCCUGAUCUCAAGAAAGGCUUUGAGCUAUUGGAUUUAGAUGGAGGGAUUGGAUGGGAGCUCCUGACAUCAAUGGUUCGGUACAAAGCACGGCAACGCUUGAGUGCAAAAGCUGCCCUGGCCCACCCGUAUUUCAGUAGAGAAGGCCUAUUGGCUUUGUCCUUCAUGCAAAAUUUGAGGCUUUCAUUGUUCCGAGCCACACAACAGGACUAUGGGGAGGCUGCAAAUUGGGUUGUUCAAUUGAUGGCCAGGUCAGGCACAGAAAGGGAUGGUGGAUUCACAGAAGCUGAGCUGCAGCAACUCAGGGAGAUGGAGCCGAAAAAGAAGGGUGGUGCGCAAAGAAAUGUUCUCGCAUCGGUUCUUCGGGUGCAGAAGAAGAUCAUUAAAACACUAAAUGAGAGCAUUGAUGAACUGACCCAAGGAAGGAAAAGCAUGUGGUGGAGCAGGUGGAUCCCUAGAGAGGACUGAGUAUUGUAUAUAUAUAUGUGUACACUAUAUAGAAUAAUAUAUCGACUUUUAUCUGUAAAGUUUGUAAAUCUAUACCUGUCAUCUGGUCCAGACUUGAAGAAAGGUUGCUGUCAGACUUCUCUUAUUGGGUACUUAUGGAUUUUACAGAUAACAAUCUUGUACAGGUUACAUCGUGUAGUAAAUUGAGAACUUAAAUACAGAACAUUCAAUGUCAGACAGAAUCAGGACUGCAGAAGAAUGCAACCUUAAUUGCCA